GCAAUUUGAACUUCAAUAUAUAUGAUGUUUGCUACAAAAUGGCAAAAUUCAUAGCUACCUCUCCUUGCGCCUUGCUUUGCUGUUAUAAUUAAAAUUUAACAUUCUUUGUCCUCUGCUAGACUUUUGAUCGCCUCCAAACAACACACCACAAAAUAAGAAAGCAAGAAGACAAACGGCUUAUCAUUUUGUAGCAUGUUAGUUUCGUUUGCCCUCUAUUUUGAGACUUUGUUAUUGUCACCAAACCAAUCUUGAAUCUUGAUAUUCUAAUGUUGCAUUGUUCAAAAGAUGGCCAGUUGAAAAUUAAACAGAAGCCAAACUGAAUUUGCUAUCGGUAUACAUAAGAGAACAAGACUUUCAGGACCAAAAUUGUAUCGCAGCAGCCAAAGAUCGCAUACUAGUUUGGUUUGGCUAUUAAAAUAUAUUCAUAUAUAAAAGAUCAAGACUCCCAGAUGAAAAUUGAAUAGAAGCCGCAAGGGAUUGCAUAGUGGGUUUGCUUACUAUUGGCAUUCAUAAGAGAUCAAGAAACAAAAGACAGACUUGGGAGUUGGUGGAGUAGCAAUCAAGCGUUGGACUUGGCCAUGGAGUUUCUUGUUGCAAUUGGCAGUUCAAUUGUUGGAAAAAUUGGCGAGUACACUGUUGAUCCAAUUGGGCGCCAAUUUGGUUAUCUCUUUUACUACCAAUACAACAUCAAAAAUCUCACAGAACAAUUUCGACGUCUGAAGGAUACCAAACAAGAUCUACAACACUCCGUUGAUGUGGCGAAAAGAAGAGGUGAAGAAAUUAAACAAAGCGUCAACUCUUGGUUGAGCGAAGCAGAGAGCAUCUCUAAAAUGGUGGAAAGUUUUCUAAGUGAAGAAGGCCAAGCGAAUACAGGGUGUUCCAUUAAGUCUUUUCCCAAUUUGGUGCUGCGUCAUCGACUCAGCAGGAAAGCCAAGAAGAUGGCUCAGUCUGUUGUUGAGAUCAAAGAAGCCGCCAGCAAAUUCGAUAAGGUUUCUGACGUUCCAAUUCUACAGAAUAUUUUUGGAACCAAAGACUACACAGUCUUUGGCACAAGAAAUUCAAUUUUGAAUGGAAUUAUGGAAGCACUGCGAAAUAGUGAUGUCAGAAUGAUUGGUGUUUACGGUAUGGCAGGGGUGGGCAAAACCACACUCGCUAAAGAAGUUGCGAAACGUGCGUUGGAAGCCAAUUUGUUCAACGAUGCUGUUGAGGUCGCUGUGUCUGCAUAUCCCAAAGUGGAAAAGAUUCAACAAGAUAUUGCAGAACGGCUGGGCCUAAAAUUCCAAGAGGAUGGUGUAAAGGCCAGAGCAGUUCGAUUAAGACAUCGGCUGAGACAAGAAGAAAAAUUCCUCAUAAUUCUAGAUGAUGUCUGGAAGACACUGGACUUACUUGAUAUCGGAAUAUGCUUCGAGGAUAAUCAGAAGGGAUGAAAGAUAUUGAUAACUUCAAGAUACAAAGGUGUGUUAGAAGAUGAUAUGGGUGUGGAUAAGAAUUUCGAAGUUGAACUUCUAUCAGAUAGUGAAGCAUGGAAUUGCUUUGCGAAGAUAGUGGGGGAUAACCUGUUAUCUGAUGAAAACUCUGAUGAGUUCAAACAUUUGGCAACACAAAUCGUUAAAGAAUGUGCACGCUUACCACUUGCGAUCAUAACAGUUGCCCAUGCUUUGAAAAACAAAGGAAUACACUUUUGGAAGGAUGCGUUGAGACGACUUCAGAGGUCCUCCAUGGAUGAAAAUGUGUAUGCAAGUGUCAAACUGAGUUAUGAUUUUUUAGAAAAUGGAGAGGCAAGGUGGAUAUUGUUGUUCUGUAGUCUAUACGAAGAAGAUGCAGAAAUAUCAUUCGAUGACUUGCUGAAUUUGUGUAUUGGAUGGGAUUUGUUCAAAGAUGUCUACGCUCUUGAGGAAUCCAGAAACAGGUUGCAGACAUUGCUGGGUGAACUAAAAUCUCGGUGCUUGUUGUUGAAAGGUAAUUACGGGGAUGAUUCAGUGAAGAUGCAUGAUGUCAUUCGCGAUGUUGGAAUAUUGAUUGCUGCAUCAGAAGAUUUCAAAAUGUAUAAUAUCAGAAAUAAUGGUGAGCUAAAAAAGUAUCUAGACGACAACAACAAACUCAAAGACUGCAUUGCAAUUUCACUUGGUGCCAAUUAUGAGGAUGAAUAUUGUCUGCCGUCGAGAUUGAAUAGUCCAAAGCUCCUCUUGCUUAGGAUGAAGAUAGAAGGUUCUUCGCUUCCAGACAACUUUUUUGAAGAAACAAAAAAGCUGAGAGUCUUGUAUCUAUCAUCUCUACGACUGGAACCAUCGCCUUCAUCCUUUUCUUGCCUUGAGAAUCUUCAAGCAUUGCAUUUGGUUGAAGUUGAAAUAGGAGACACACACUUGAUUGGAAAGCUAAAGAAAUUAAAAGUUCUUGACCUUAGUGGAUCCUAUAUGGAGCAACUGCCAGAGCAAAUAGGACAACUGACUUGUUUACUCAAGUUGGAUUUGAGAGGUUGCAGUAUUGGAGUGGUUCCACCGAAUGUGAUAUCAAGAUUGGUGAAUUUAGAAGAGUUGAAUAUGCUGCGCAGCUUUAAUUAUUGGAAGGCUGAAGGAGAAGUCGAUGAUGAAAAUACGAGUAGUAAUGCCAGCCUUAGUGAGGUAAAGAAUUUGACUAAGUUGACUGCUUUAUAUUUAGAGAUACCACAUGUCACCAUGCUGCCUAAACACUUGUUUAAUGCAAAAUUGGAGAGAUACUGCAUAUGUUUAGGAGGUGGCCGUAUGGGCAUUAGUUCAAGGGGACUGAAACUCAACUUGGAAUUAUUCGAUGUUUCAAGCAGUCUAUUAAAGGAGCGUGGUUUUCAAAUGCUUUUGAAAAGGUCAGAAAAUUUGCAAAUAAAUAAAUUUAACGGUUUGAAAAACAUUGUUUGCGAAUUAGAUAAGGAGGGUGGUCUUUCACAUUUGAAAGCUCUUGAAGUCGAUGAUAAUGAUGAAAUCCAAUACAUCAUUGACUACUCAUCAAUGGAGCCCAAUCAUAUUUCUGAUCAUAGUGUCUUACCAAGUUUAGAGACAUUUGAUUUUAAUAGGGUGACAAACUUGGAAGAGAUAUGCCACGGGGAACUCAGAGGCGCAAAGUCACUUGCAAAAUUAAGACAAAUCAAGGUGCUUUCAUGUUAUAGAUUGAAGAAUUUGUUACCAUUCUUCGUUGCCAAAAGGCUUGAGAAAAUUGAUGUUUGCUUCUGCCGCGGGAUGGAAAAAAUAGUUACAUUUGAAAGAGUACAGGCGUUAUAAAUUCUGAAUCUGUGGAUAGAAUAUUUGAGUUUCCUAAUCUUAAGUUUUUGAAACUAAAUGAUCUACCACAACUUGCUCCAUUCUGCUCGGGGUGUGACACAAGUGGUACACCUGAUCAAGUUCCCACACUUUUCAACCAAAAGGUGGCUCUUCCCAGCUUAGAAGUCUUGGAAUUGUAUAGUUUGAAAUUCAAAAGGAUGUGGGCAGACCAACUUCCGCAACCAUGUUACCUGAGGAAUUUAAGAGAGUUAUCCAUUUGGUGGUGCGAUAAUUUAAAGUAUCUGUUAUCUUCUGCUUUUGCCAGAAACCUUGUACAACUUGAGAAGUUAAAUAUGUUUGCUUGUUGGGGCAUGGAAGAGAUAAUAGUGAUAAAGGAACCAACAGUCACCUUUGACUAUUCUGAUGAAUUAGAUAUAAUUGAGUUUCCUAAACUAAAGGAAAUAAGACUUGAUGUUAUAGCCCGGCUUAUUCAAUUUUGCUCGCAGUCCCAAGGCCAAGGGAGAGAGCAGCUACUGUUUGCAGAUUCUGCGUAUACACUUUUCAACCAAAAGGUUGCCUUCCCUAGCUUAAAAAACUUGCAGUUAGAGAAGCUGAAUUCCAUCAAAAGGAUAUGGCCAAACCAGCUUCCAGAAGCAUCUAAGCUGCAUAAUUUAGAAGACUUGUCUGUUGAGUCGUGCAAAGGGUUAAAGUAUGUUUUACCAUUUGCAAUUGCCGAAAGCCUCGUACAGCUUAAGAAUUUAAGUGUUAGAAAAUGUGUGGCGGUGGAAGAGAUAAUAAUGAUAAAGGAACCAAAAGAAGAAGUUGAAAAGAUUGAUAAAAAGCUGUUCCCUAAACUAAAAAGUUUAGAGCUUAGUUAUCUCCCAAAUCUUGUAAGAUUCUGCUCUAUUGAAAUUAAUAUCCUCUGUAGCCUUAAUUUUAUACCGGAAGUGCGCAUAAGAAAUUGCUUAAAGCUGUGGAAUACAAGUGCUGAGAAAAGAGAAGAUAAAGAUAUGAACUUGCAGGAGAAGAUCAGCUUGCGGUCUCCUUGUGAUGAAAAGGCAAGUUAAGUAGUUACUAUCCUUAUCAUGAAUUAUACAGACAGAGAGAUUGCUUUCAUUUUAAUUAGCUAGCUUUAUUUAUAUAUAUAUAUAUAUAUAUGACAUUAAAAAAAAAUAGAUGUUGUCUAACUCUUACAGCAGGUUGAGUACUUUUCUGCUGGAUUGGACAUGUCUACCCUUAAUUCUGUACAAAAAAUACCAUAUGAUCCGCUUGUGCCUAAUUUAACAACCAAGUUGGAAGUGCACCACUGUCAUAAAAUAGAGAAUCUAUUAUCAGCAUCUAUGGCUAAAAGUUUUGUACAUCUCAGAACCCUGGAUGUAAGAAACUGUAAGUCGUUGAAAAAGAUAGUAGUCAAAGAAGAAUCUGGAGAUGGAAUAAGGUCCCAAAAGAUAUGUUUCCCCGCAUUGAAAAUUCUUGAGAUUUCUAAACUACCAAACCUCGAAAAGUUUUGUGCAGGAGAUCACAUCGAAUGUCUGUUUUUGGAGGCGUUGAUUAUAAAAGAUUGUCCUAAACUCAAUACAUUCGUCUCCAAUUCUACGGACAAAGCAGUACCUGAAGAAACAGACAUGAUUUCGGGGGCUAGACAACCUCUAUUCAGUAACCAGAAGGUUACACUUCCUAAGAUGAGAAUUUUGAAGUUGGAAAAGUGCAAUUCGGUCAUUGAGAUAUGGGAUGAUGAUGAUACUAAAGAAAGAGGCCAACAAAGUGCAGCAGCAGCUGGCAGAUCAAGAUCAGCAAUAUUUCAGAGUUUGGAAUUUCUACGAGUAUCCAAAUGUGGGAGGUUAAACAAGUUAUUAGAGGCUAAUUCGUCUUCGAGUUUUGAAAAUUUGACAGUUCUGGAGGUGUCAGAAUGUGAGAGAAUGGAAUAUUUAUUUACUCCCUCAGCAUCUAAAACUCUGGUAUUACUCAAAAAGAUGGGUGUAUCAAAAUGCCAAGCAAUGACAGAGAUAAUUGCAUCAUCACCAGAAGUUGAUCAUGAUGACAAGCUUCUUAGUUUUGAUAAUUUGGAACUUCUGGUGCUCCAGUCCUUACCUAGCCUCACAAGCUUCCACAUGGGAAAUUGUACUCUGGAAUUUCCAAAACUGAGUCGUGUAGUUGUAGUUGGGAGUUGCCCUGAGCUGCGGAGUUUCUGUGGUCAUGGAACCAUAAUCACCCCCAAACUCCGAACAUUUGUCAGAAGACAAAGGUGGAUUCAUUUCGAUAUAUCGGUUGGUGAAGAUGCUGACGGCCAAAUUACAGUGCAUGAUAUGUGGUUCGACUCAUUUGCUGCUGAUGAAAAAGAGCACAACAUAGAGAACGGUGGGAA